ACAUGCACGUGUUUUCCGAACACAUUAUUUUGUGUUGUGCAUUUGAAAUUGAAGUUGAUAAUCAUGGCAGGUCGUGCUCUCGUCUACGGCGGCAAGGGAGCCCUUGGCUCAACAAUCGUGUCCUUCCUCAGGUCCAAGAACUGGUGGGUUGUGUCAGUCGACUUGUUCGCUAAUGAGGAGGCCGACAGCAACGUCCUGGUCAACCCGGAGGCCUCAUGGACAAGCCAAGAAACAGAGAUCUUGGAAGGCUUGAGCACGACCUUGUCUGACAACCGCCUUGAUGCCGUACUGUGCGUGGCCGGUGGCUGGGCAGGUGGCAAUGCAGCAGCGGCAGAUAUGGUGAAGAACGCCGACCUGAUGUGGAAGCAGAGUGUGUGGUCGUCCGCCAUUGCUGCACGCAUCGCCAACCUCCAUCUGAAGGAUGGUGGUCUGCUGACGCUGACUGGAGCGCGACCAGCCCGUGAAGGCACUGAAGGUAUGAUGGGAUACGGCAUGGCCAAGGCCGCCGUGCACCAGCUCACAAAGAGCUUGGCAGCGGACAAGAGCGGCAUGCCCGCCAACUCAACAGCCGUCGCCAUCCUGCCGGUAACCCUAGACACGCCCAUGAACCGCAAGUUCAUGCCCAACGCCGACUUCUCCGCCUGGACACCUCUGCAGACCGUCGCGGAAACAUUCCUGCAAUGGAUGGAGGGCAACGACCGUCCUGCCAGCGGCAGCCUUCUUGAUGUGGUCACGGUCGACAACCAAACGACCUUCACCGCUGCUUGAUUCUUCAAUUCAUGCCGUUGGCUUUUUUUUAACACCCUGGAUUUCCUCUUCUCUAUCUCAUCUUUCAGAUUUGCUUAUGAACAGUUUCAAAUUUGUAUAGGUAUUGAGAAUUUGUGUACUACUACUACACACUUACUCUGUUGUGUUGGCAUUUUGUACUACUGA